CCGUUUCAGUUUGAACGAGAAGAGGACGAGCGAGCGAGCGAAGAGAGUGGAAGCCAAGAAGGGAAAAGGAGAAGCCUCUGCGGAGGAUCGCAAGCCCUAAUUCGCCUUUUUUUUUUCCGAUCUCGGUCUACUAAAUGAUGAUGUCAGAAAUCGGUGAGCAAGCAUCUAUGACGGAUAGGAUCCAUGAGAAGAUCCAUGAGUACAAAGGAUCAUCGUCGUCUUCAGAUUCGGACAACGAGAAGCCUUCAGCUAAUGUUUCGACGAAGAAACGUUUGUUUGGGAGGAAGGAACCAGUGCAUGCCGUCCUCGGAGGAGGGAAAUCUGCUGAUAUCAUACUAUGGAGAAAUAAGCAGCAAUCAGGCAGCAUACUUGCUGGAGUUACUGUUAUAUGGCUUCUUUUUGAAUGGAUAGGCUAUCACCUGCUGACAUUUAUAUGCCACUCUCUUAUACUUCUACUGGCAGUGUCGUACCUUUGGUCUAAUGCAGCAUUGUUUGUCAACAGGUCUCCACCAAAAUUUCCAGAGCUUUUUGUGCCCGAGGACGUGUUUCUGAGCAUGGCUCUUAUUCUAAGAAACAAAAUAAAUGAAGUUUUUGCAAUUUUCUGUUGUGUUGCUACUGGGAAUGAUUUGAGGAAUUUUUUGAAGGUAAUUGGAGGUUUAUGGAUCCUUUCGGUAGUUGGUGGCUGGUUCAGCUUCUUGACUCUUUUCUACAUUGUUGUUUUAAUUCUGUACACUGCGCCUGUUCUCUAUGAGAAGUACGAGGACCAUGUCGACACAGCUGCUGAGAAGGCAAUGGUCCAAAUUGACAAGCAGUAUGCAGUCCUUAAUGCCAAGGUACUCCAGAAAAUUCCUGGGGGACGGCUUUCUUCCAUAAAGCAACACUGAAAAAGAAAUAUGUUUGGGGUAAAUCUCUCCUAGAAUUUCCUGCCACUGGCAGAUCUGAUGAUUAAUCCAUGGAGGAGUCAUUUUUUUGGAACAUGUCUGUAGGUGACAAUAAUACAUCUCUUUACAGCCUAUUGCACAGCUC